AUGGGCACUGACCCCCGUUCGUCCGUCUGUCCAGGCUGCCUGUUCGACCGCCGGCUCUGCGCCCCGCAGGAGGUCUGCAUGCCCGACGGGCUGUUCGGGCAGUGCCAGGUGGGCGCGGGGCCCGACCCCCCCCACUUCCAGGUCACCUCGGCUGUGCUCCGGCGCCUGCAGGACGUCCUGCGGCACCUCAUGGGGCAAGGGCUGUCGUGGCAGGAUGACAUCACCCAGUACGUGAUCUCCCGGGAGAUGGAGCGCAUCCCGCGGCUCCGCGACCCCGCGCCCGAGGAGAGGUAGGGCCUGUUGCCCCGCGGGGGCAGCCAGAGGGGCUCCUGCCUCUUCCCCCUCCUGCCUCCCAGCUUCCCUGGGCUCGGGCAGCUACCAGGGCACAGCGGCGUCCCCGGGGCACGGGGCCAUCUGGCCUGCGCCCGCCCCUCGGGGUCCCUGAUCCCUGGGGUGUCGGCUGAUCCCGGGAGGCACAAGAAAGGUGCUUGCAUGGGGGCUCUGGGCCCUCCCAGCCACGCUGACCCUGUGCUUGGCUCGCAGUUCGGCUACCAGGACACCCUGCGCCCGCUGGGCCCCUUCCCGGGCGACACGGCCGGCCGCAGCCCUGAGGCCCCCGCGCUGCUGGGCAGAGCCCCCGGCCCGGUACCCCCCGCUGUCUUUGGGGCCAGCCCUGUGCCGUCCUAUGGGGCGCCGGCAGGGCCGGAGGGGGGGCCUCUCUUCCAGGACCUGGGCAUGCUCUACCUGUCCAGAGAGAUGGGCACUCGGCCGGGCCCUGCCCGCACCGGACCCUGGCGCGAGCCGGGGCACCCCCAGGAUGGCAGAGACCGUGCUGGGGAGGAGCGUCUGGCUCCAGACCCCCGCAAGCCCCCCACGGAGCCAGGAGACGCGGCCCUGCAGAAGGUGCUGGUCAGCUAUGGCCUGGGGCUGCAGGACCUGACCCCCGAGCAGGUCAGCACCCUCUCGGCCCUGCUGCAGCUGAUCCAGAGCUCGGUCCCGACAGAGCCAACACAGGGGGGCCUUUCUCCCCUGGCAGGUGGCUUUGGCCCCACGGCCCUGGACGCGAAGCGGGUGACGGAAGGGGAGAUGCAGCACGGCGAGGAGCUGGAGCCGCCAGCCUCCACCCUGCCGCCCCCCGAGACCGCGGCCUCCCCUGCCGCGGGGCUGCCCACGGUGCCAGGCCAUGCCCUGCCCUCGCCGCACCCUGGCCUACUGGAGAAAAAGAGCUACGGGGAUGUGCCAGGGCGCGCCGGGGCCCCGAUUCUGACCCGGCCCCCCGAGGAGUACGGCUACAUCGUCACCGACCAGAAGCACCUGAGCUUGGGAGAUGGCAUCCGGCUGCUGGAGGUCCUGGCGGAGCACGUCCACCUCUCCACCACCAGCUUCAUCAACUUCAGCAUUGUGGGCCCUGCACUCACCUUCCGGCUGCGGCAAAACCCCCAGAACCUGUCACUGGCCGACGUCGCUGACCAAGCCGCACUGGCGAAAGCGGAGAUGGAGGCCAAGCUGGGGCUGCGCAUCGUGCAGACGGGCGUGGGGCAGCGCAACGAGGUGGGCGCUGCCCCGCACCCCGCAGCCCUCCCCGGCGGCUUCCACUCGCUGCUGCUGGCCUUCGUGGGCCUGGCGUGCGCGGCCGGCGUGGGCGUGGCGCUGGUCGCCCUGGGGCCCGAGGGCGCUGCCGACACCCCCUUCGAGUACCAGGAGCUGUGCCGCCAGCACAUGGCGGCCAAGUCGCUGUUCGGGCGGGCAGACCCACCCGCGCCAGCACCAGCCGAGACCUCCCGCGUCAGCAGCGUCUCAUCCCAGUUCAGCGAUGCGCCGCAGGCCAGCCCCAGCUCGCACAGCAGCACGCCGUCCUGGUGCGAGGAGCCCGCCCAGUCCAACAUGGACAUCUCCACCGGCCACAUGAUCCUGGCCUACAUGGAGGACCACCUGCGCAACCGGGACCGCCUGGCCAAGGAGUGGCAGGCACUGUGCGCGUACCAGGCUGAGCCCAAUGCCUGCUCCAUCGCGCAGAGCGAAGCCAACCUGAAGAAGAACCGGCACCCUGACUUCGUGCCUUACGACCACGCACGGAUCAAGCUGAAGGCCGAUUGCAGCCCGUCCCGCAGUGACUUCAUCAAUGCCAGCCCCAUCAUCGAGCAUGACCCACGGAUGCCGGCGUACAUCGCCACGCAGGGGCCGCUGUCCCACACCAUCGCUGACUUCUGGCAGAUGGUAUGGGAGCACGGCUGCACCGUCAUCGUCAUGCUGAGCCCCCUGGCCGAGGACAGCGUCAAGCAGUGCGACCGCUACUGGCCCGACGAGGGCUCGUCCCUCUACCACGUCUAUGAGGUGAACCUGGUGUCGGAGCACAUCUGGUGCGAGGACUUCCUGGUGCGCAGCUUCUACCUGAAGAACGUGCAGUCGCAGGAGACGCGCACGCUCACCCAGUUCCACUUCCUGAGCUGGCCGGCCCAGGGCCUCCCCGCCACCACGCGGCCCCUGCUCGACUUCCGCAGGAAGGUGAACAAGUGCUACCGCGGCCGCUCCUGCCCCAUCAUCGUGCACUGCAGCGAUGGGGCCAGCAGGACGGGCACCUACAUCCUCAUCGACAUGGUCCUGAACAGGAUGGCUAAGGGCGUGAAGGAGAUUGACAUCGCGGCCACCCUGGAGCACAUCCGCGACCAGCGGCCUGGCAUGGUGCAGACCAAGGACCAGUUCGAGUUUGCGCUGACGGCUGUGGCCGAGGAGGUGAACGCCAUCCUGAAGGCACUGCCACAGUGAGGGGGCCGCCAUCGCCCUGCUUGGCCCCCCCGAUCCCGCCGCCGUCCCUGUGUGACGCUGUGUGUGUGCCCGCGCCUCCCCCAUCGCCUCCACUGCUGCCCCCCCGGGCCUGGGCCGGGGUCUCCCAGGCUGCCCGGGGCAGGGGGCCACGCUGGCACUCGCCCCGACCUCCUGGGGCAGGCAUGGGCUCCUCCACACAUCUCGGGCCGUGUGCACGUCUGAGUUUGCAUGUUGCCAACAUGGCCCCUGCCCCGGGCAGCCUGCGACCGGGGGGUGGGGGGUAGGGGCAAUGGGCUGGAGAAGCUGCCCCUCCCCCGUGUUCUGCCCCCCCUCUCCCCCCGUGGUUUUGCCCCCUCCUGUCACGUGAGCAGCAGAGGAAUUUCUAGAGAAAUCUAUAAUUUUGUAUCUUGACGUCAAUAAAGUUCUUGUGUCGCGUGUGUGCAGCCGCA